UCAUGAUUGCUGGUGGACAGUUUGCACUGUUUUUAUAGGCUUUACAAAGAAACUGGAAUUUUCCAAUAAUUUUUAACGGACUGAGUAGCUUUCUGUAACAAUACCAAUUGCUUCUUGCUUGCUUUUUAAGCUUAAAUGCUCUCACACACACACACACACGCGCACACACGCACAGUAGAUGGUGUGACCUUGCAGUGUUGCAAUGUGCACAGAGUGAUAGGCGAAUGUUGGCUGACCCAUUUCAACAAGAUGACUUUGCCCUCAGCUUAGAGGAAGGAGUCAGACGCUGCUGUAAUUUCAUGGCUGAGGGCGGUGGGAGUAUUUGCUCCAAGCCAGAGGGAUGUUUGCUUUCAGUGUAAGGUUUUUAGGUGCACGCAUCCUGGGGAAACUCUUGGAUAAUGGCUGCCAUUAUGACAGGAUGAUUGCCAGUGGUGCUCUGUGAGUCAGAAGAGGGAAAGGCUGGGCUGAUGACAAGCAUGACAUUGAGCCAGGCCACAGAUGCAUGCCCACCCAAAAAGUUCAACUGAGCGCCGUCCACGCAGCCUCUCAGAGAAGGAGGGGGUGGGGGGGGUGUCGACGCCUUGUAGCUAGUACCGUGCACCCCCCAAGUAGCACUGGAGGCCUCUGAUGGAUCAGGGUAGUAGUGAGCAGUGUCCAGAGGAAGCGGACUCGGGAGGCCGGGCGGAGCACGAAGGCGGCAGGAGGGCGUCAGAGUCGGAGCACGGUUUGUCCAAAAUCACCCACAACGCCCUGGAGAACAUGGGAGCGUUAGGCCACGGCCUGAAACAGCUCUUCCAGCCACAGCGCAGACGCUCCUCUGUGUCCCCACAAGACACGGCCGCGUCGUGCGGCGGAGCCCCUCCUUCCGAGGCCACCGCCGACGCAGUCUCAGAAAGCGGGGACACUCGGGCCCCUUCGGCUCUCUCUGUGGACUCUGACGGCCCUGCCGCUUCCGCCCCUCCCGCAGCUCUGAGCCGCGUCCUGCAGCAGAUCCGCGGUGCUCCGCCAAUGAUGAAGCGAGGCACCAGCCUGCAGAGCCGCCGCAGCAAGGCGGCCAUCACCGGGGAUGCCCCCCAGAAAGGUAGCCCCCAGAUUCACCGGCGCAGCACCCAUGAGGCCCUGCUGCAGGCUGGGCGCCCUCGCUCCUCCUCCACCACGGACACGCCCACCAGCCCCGCCCUGGCAGACAUGCUGCUCACAUCCAGCCACCACUCCACUGAGGAGCCGGACAAGCAGGAUCGUUACGAUGGAUCGGCCCCCGCCGUCUCCCCCAACGCCGUCUCCUGCGGCGCAGACGGCUACGAUGCGGUGGACAGCACGCCGGACCCCCAGCGCACCAAGCAGGCCAUCGCCCAGCUCCAACAGAAGAUCCUCAAACUCACAGAGCAAAUCAAAAUCGAACAGACGGCGCGCGACGACAACGUGGCCGAGUACCUGAAGCUGGCCAACAAUGCCGACAAGCUGCAGAGCGUGCGGAUCAAGCAGGUGUUUGAGAAGAAGAACCAAAAGUCCUCGCAGACCAUCCAGCACCUGCAGAAGAAGCUGGAAAACUACCACCGCAAGCUCCGCGAGGUGGAGCACAACGGCAUCCCGCGUCAGCCCAAAGAUGUUUUACGAGACAUGCACCAGGGCCUCAAAGAUGUCGGCGCCAAGGUGACAGGCGGCCUUUCCAGCAUUUCCCAAGCCACUCAUUCAGCAGCUGGAGCCGUGGUGUCCAAGCCCAAAGAAUUCGCUUUCCUCAUCCGCAACAAGUUCGGCAGCGCUGACAACAUUGCAGCCCUCAAAGACUCUCUGGAUGAGACCCAAGGAGAUGAGGGGGUCGUCGGCACCGGGGUUAUGAGGACCCUUGGCACGGGGCACAUGCAGUCCAGUCCAAAGUAUGGCAGUGAGGAUGACUGUUCGAGUGCUACCUCCGGUUCAGCGGGGCCCAAUAGCACCACCGGAGGUCCAGGGGGGCCCCCCAGCUCCAGAGGGAACACGCUUGAUCCGUCGCAGGCCUCAGGCUUUGAUGCGAUACUCCACGAGCUCCAAGAGCUGCGGGACAACCAAGGUCGACUUGAGGAGUCCUUUGAGAAUUUAAAGUCGCACUAUCAGCGGGACUACACCAUGAUCAUGGAGGCCCUGCAAGAGGAGCGAUUCAGGUGUGAACGCUUAGAGGAGCAGCUCAAUGAUCUGACAGAGCUGCACCAGAAUGAAAUACUCAACUUGAAACAGGAAUUAGCCAGCAUGGAGGAGAAGAUUGCCUACCAGUCGAACGAACGAGCCAGAGACAUUCAGGAGGCGCUGGAGGCGUGUCAGACCCGCAUCUCCAAGAUGGAGUUGCAGCUGCAGCAGCAGCAGCAGCAGGUGGUGCAGCUGGAGGGUCUGGAGAACGCCACGGCGCGGACUCUCCUGGGCAAACUGAUCAACGUGCUGCUGGCCGUCAUGGCCGUCCUGCUGGUGUUCGUGUCCACGGUGGCCAACUGCGUGGUGCCCCUGAUGAAGACGCGCAGCCGCACGCUCUCCACGCUGCUCCUCGUCGUCCUCACGGCUUUCCUGUGGAGGCACUGGUACGCCUUCUCCGAAUAUCUGCAUCGCUUCCUCCUGCACCCCAGGUGACCUGAUGGCGGUGCCUUUUUUAAAUCGAACACACAACCGGACCGGUCAGUGGCUGCAAUGCUGCUCCUUAACGGCCAUCACUUCAUCACCCAAGAGAGACAAGAUGGCCGCUCCUUUGGCGUCUUUGGUGCGAUUGUGGCUUUGAGAGAACCGCACACAUGAUUUCUCUCUCCUGAGUGAAUUUGUUUACACGUUUGCGUCAUCCUCGUUCACGUUUGUAUUGCUUUUAAGGCGAGUCAUUCAAAUGCAUAUUUAUUUGUUUUUAACGCUCAUCUGCUGAUUCACUUCAUUUUUAAUUUAUAAUUUAUCUAUCUCCAUCCACCAUCUUUUACUUUCCUAAUGACUUUUUGUUUAAAUGUUAGCUUUUGUGACCAAUUCUUCCUCGCUAAAGACUCCAUCCGUGGCUCUGGAUCAAAUGAUAAUAUUAAUGACGGUUGUCUUCUGGAGGUUUCACGCCAUCGAGACACAAUGUGUACUUCAGAGCUUCAAGCCACCUGGACGUUUGACUGCCGAGGAAGAUGACCUAUGAACUCAACUAACAUACUUGAAGAGCAGUUUCAGUGCUCAAAGACUCAGUGCUUCCGUACUGUUUCUAUUAGUGACAAUGAAAUAGAAUUUUUUUUAAGACAAAUAAAAUCCCUGUUUUAAAAGGUGCCAUUGGAGGUCUUGUCGCCCAAACAUCACCGAGUGUUACAACUUUGUCUUCUGCUGCAAUGCUAUCUGCAUGUGUGGAAUCCAAGCACAGGAUCAACACAACAGUGCGCAUCAAAACACUCAAACCAGCAUAUACAGUGGUGUGGAAAAAGUGUUUGCCCCCUUUCUGUCUUUUCUUUUGCAUGUUUGUCACAAGAUGUUUCAGAUCAUCAAACAAAUGAAAAUAUUAGUCAGUGACAACACAAUGCAGUUUUUAAAUGAAACUUUUUAUUAUUAAGGGAGAAAAAACAAUCCAAACCUACAUGACCUUGUGUGAAAAAGUGAUGGCCCCCUAAACCUAAUAACUGGUUGGGCCACCCUUAGCAGCAACAACUGCAAUCAAGCGUUUGUGAUAACUUGCAAUGAGUCUCUUAUAGCGCUGUGGAGGAAUUUUGGCCCACUCAUCUUAGCAGAAUUGUUGUCAUUCAGUCACAAUGGAGGGUUUUCCAGCAUGAAGCGCCUUUUUAAGGUCAUGCCACAGCAUCUCAAUAGGAUUCAGGUCAGGACUUUGACUAGGCCACUCCAAAGUCUUCAUUUUGUUUUUCUUCAGCCAUUCAGAGGUGGACUUGCUGGUGUGUUUUGGAUCAUUGUCCUGCUGCAUAACCCAAAUUGGUUUCAGCUUGAGGUCACCAACAGAUGGCCAGACAUUCUCCUUUAGGGAUUUUUGGUAGUCAGCAGAAUUCAUGGUUCCAUUUAUCACAGCAAGUCUUCCAGGUCCUGGAGCAGCAAAACAGCCCCAGACCAUCACACUGCCACCACCAUAUUGUACUGUUGCUAUGAUCUUUUCUGAAAUGCAGCGUUACUUUAAGCCAGAUGUAAUGGGACACACACCUUCCAAAAAAGUUCAACCUUUGUUUCAUCAGACCACAGAGUUUUCCUAAAGGUUUUGGGGAUCAUCAUGAUGUUUUCUGGCAAAGUUGAGACAAGUCUGAAUGUUCUUUUUGUUCAGCAGUGGUUUUCAUCUCGGAACUCUGCCAUGCAGGCCGUUUUUGCUCAGUGUCUUUCUUAUGGUGGAGUCAUGAACACUGACCUUAACUGAGGCAAGUGAGGCCUGCAGUUAUUUGGAUGUUGUUGUGGGGUCUUUUGUGGCCUCUGGAAUGAAUCGUUGUUGCGCUCUUGGGGUAGUUUUGGUUGGCCAGCCACUUCUGGGAACAUUCACCACUGUUCAAUGUUUUUCGGCAUAUGUGGAUAAUGGCUCUCACUGUGGUUCGCUGGAGUCCCAAAGCUUUAGAAAUGGCUUUAUAACCUAUUCCACAGGUUUGGAUUUUUUUCUCCCUUAAUAAAAAGUUUCAUUUAAAAACUGCAUUUCGUGUUCAGUCGUGCUGCAACUGACUAAAUUUGAUGAUCUGAAACAUGUAAGUGUGACAAACGUGCAAAAAAAAUAAGAAAUCAGGAAGGGGGCAAACACUUCCACAUCAAUGUAUCGUUUAUCGCGGGGGAUAGGUUCCCAAAAUAACUCGCGAUAAGUAAAAUCUGAAGUAGCCAACUUUGCUUACAAUUAUAUAUGUUUUAAGGCUAUAAAACCCCUGACCAUACACUUUAUACACUUUUCACAGACAGGCGUUAACAUUUUGCACAUUUCUCUGUUUAAACACUCUUCAAAUUACACUCUUCAAAUUUCUUUUGAAAUGUAAUGGAUCAAUCUACUAGGUUGGACACAUUAAGUGACUCAAGCGUAUUCACUCCUCUGACUGCUUCGUCGCUGUAGCGUUUUUGUAUCCUUGUUAAAACAUUGCUCCUGCCAUAGUCGUCGUCCUCGUCCUAAUCCUUGAACCAAAGAUUAAUUUUAGUCGGUUAGCUUCUCCUAUUGUAUAUUUGCGGUUAGCAAGCGGUUAGUUCACGCAGGGAGUUUGCUAGCGACUAUUGACCGCAACAGCAAAUGGCAAGGAAGAGAUGGAUUGACAAUGGUCUACAGCCAAUUAGGAUGCAGAACACAAAGGGUGGGUUCUUCUCCUUAGCCAAUAAGGACUGUUGUAUCUCCAUAUUUAGCUGGCUAUUGCCAACUGUGCGUUCCUAAUAUGCUUGAAGAGGCAUGUAAACACAGAACUGGAGCAGCACACGUCUUCAGUGUGAGUAUACAACACCCUCUACUGGUAGCCGCAGUAAAUACAAUAACACAUACAACAGAGCACCGAUAGAUUGCUUUUAAUAAACCACAAGGAUGCAGAACACAAUGGCGUUCAUACACUGUUAAAAAAUAUAUAUAUAAAAUUGCACGAAACAGUGAAUCCGCUAAAGGUGAACCGCAAAGUAGCGAGGGAACAUUGUACAUAUUUACAGUUUUGAGACGUAAUACCAGUCAAAAUUGAACUUUGUGGUAGAUAUUACUUGGUAUUCUUAAAAUGUGCUGCUACCGAUCCUACGUAAGUAAAUGGUAGUGGUAUCAUUAUUCAAAUGUCCAUAACAAUAGAGUGCUCCCUCGCAACAACGCAGUUCCCCUUUCGCGUAGUCGCUGAGGAAAACACGACGCAGGAGCAAUGUUUUAACGAUCCAAAAACGCUACAGCCAAAUGGCGCCAGGACGAGGCACGGUUGUGUCCAACCUAGUAGAUUGAUCAUUAAAAUUCUAAUUAAAUUUGAACUUUGAGAGUGUUUAAACAAGGGAGAAAUGUGAGGAAAUGUUAAUGCCUGUCUGAGAAAAGUGUAUCAAGUGCAUGGCGAGGGGUUUUACAUGUAUAAUCAUUGUAAAAAAAAUUAAGUUGGCUACUUGGCAGAUUUCACUUAUUGUGGGUUCACACUGAGUGAACACUGUAUACAAAAUUUACUACCUAAUACAAAGUAAGUACAUUAAUACUAUGAAGAUUUUUGUAAAUAAAUACUUUAAAUAGUUUUUUCCCGUAUGGUUUAUAGUUAUAACUCAAGCAACAUCUAUUUUUCCAGUGUGCGUGAUCAGACCAUGCGGCGUCACACAAUUACACACAACACGCCGAUGUAACAUUACACACAAGAAAACGACAGAUUUUUAAACAUUAACCGAAUAUAUUUGUGUCAUCAUGCUAGCAUAAUACCAAUACUGCCCUGCUAUCGCUAAUAUUCUAAAUGGAUGCGCCCACCUCUAUCUUACACAGGAUUGAUAAGGAAGCCGCUGAAAAUCGUUUCUCCGUUAAAAUGUUCGAGUAUGGUUAGCAUAAGGCAUGACAUACACCUUCCAGGUGUACCAUCCUGCUGGUGGUGCCACCUUUCUUGGCGCCCUCCAGUGGUGCUGACUCAAAAGUGCUAUGAAGAAAUGCUAUGCUAGUUGGACAUUAGGUAACAUGGCGCCUGUACUGGUGUUAUAGGCGUUACACACGUUGGCAUACAGUUUGUGCGAGACCCACUUGUCAUCUUUCUUUAUGUUGCCCCCUGACACUGAGACCACCACCUCAUGCUCGUCUGCAAGAUGACACAUCAGGUGUCAGGUCAUAUCCACUCGUAUGACCUUUACUCUUUCUGACUUACAUGCUACUUCAUCCAGCUCCUCCAGAGGUGCGUUCAGAUUCUGCGUGGGGUGGACGAGGAAGCCGCUGAAAACGGUUUGUCCGUUAUGACGUUGAAGAUCGUGGGUACCAUAGGGGCCAGGAAUACACCUCAUCUCCUUGCUCCAGGUGUAUCAUCCUGCUGACGGUCCCACUGUGGCGCUUAUAUGCGGUGGUGUAAGACACCUGCAUCAUCCACUCGCUCUUCCCAUCCUUCUUCCUAGCAGCCACACCUAGACUAAUAUACCCGCUAUCCGUGAAGCAGGUAAAGGUGAAGAAGUACACGCCCUUGCGGGGGGCUGUGAAAAUGCCUGCAGGGGAACAAUCACGCUUUUAUGAGAGCCCCCCCCACCCCAGCGGUGCUGACUCCAUGAGCUAACAAGCCAUGAAGAAAUGCUAUGCUAGUUAGCUGAUAGCUGACAUGGUACCUGUGCUGGUGUCGUAGGCGUUACCCACGCUGAUUUACGCAUCGUCCAAGACCAACUUGUCAUUUUUCGUUAUGUUGUUGAGAACACCACCAUCUUGUCCUCACGUGCUUGCGUCUAAGUUGAGAGCCAGUAUCCACUGCUUCAGUUGCGUCGUGUGUGGAAUCUCAAAUGUUGACCACAACCUCCUACAAUACGCGUGCAAGGCAUGAUUUACAACCUAGCGUUAACUUUUCCAAACUCACAAACAACACAGUAGCAGCACCAGUAGGUAGUGUUGCUGGUCGGGUUCGGAGUCACCCGACUCUGGACUGCUAACCGGUGUCAGGCUCUGGUGUCGCGCCACAUGGCUGAGCAACGCUAACCACGAGCUUGUUGCUUCAGCUGCAUCAACUGCAUUUGUGUCUACAUCACCUACAACACCCAUCUUUCGCGAUCGCGUCACUACCGCCAGACAAGCUCUGUGACAGUGUUAGCUGCCUGUAUUUGUUGUCUCCGCUCAAUUUCUGCAUGUGUUUCGCCAUUUUCCUCUCCCAACCCACAAUCUUUGGAGGAAAAGAGAACUGUUGCCCCCUACUGGGACAGAAAUACAUUGCCUACAAGUCAGAAAUUCACACACAAGAUGAAUAAGACUUUGAUCUGUAGCUCCCGCGACAAAAAGCCAAAGACGUCAACAGACCUUGUAACUUCUGCCUUCAGUCAGCAUGUACGAUCGCUAGCAACAGGAAACAGACAGUCCUCCACAAAGGACAUUGAUUGACAAUGGCCUACAGCCAAUCAGAACGCAGAACACAAUGGGCGGGUUCUCCCUUAGCCAAUCAGGACUGUUGUAGCUUACUGAGAUGAACCGGACACAUCUGGACAGGUCUUCAACUCUCACAUGAGCAUACAACACCCUCUACUGGUAGCAGUAGUAAAUACAAUAACAGACACAUACAACAGAGCACCAAUAGAUCACUCUAGUAGACCAGAAGGACGCAGAACACAAUGCACAAUUCAACUAUUGCUAUCCCAGUGAUAUCAAGAUUACACUGACGCCGAAAAAUCAAAUGAUUAUUUGACCUUAGAUGCACAUUUAACCUUUUGACAAGUAUUUCAGUUCAAACAUUUAUGCAGAGAGUUGUCAAAGAUUCAAAGUCUUUCAAUGUCCAUUGUCUUGUAUGAUUGAGGAAGCAAGCAGAAAGCAGAAGACUUCUUAUAUUUGCUUAAAACUAUUUCAUUUCACUACCUUUGUGAGUGACUUUGCCGCUCAGCUACCAAAGGUCGGUCACUGCAGUUGAAGAAUGCUGAGGCCUCUGGUGAAUGAUCGCACUUGCCAGAAGGUGGCGCCAAUGGAGCAUAAAUUUCACUGUAGCGGCCCUUCUUAGCUUUAGCCGUCAGGAGGGCAUGACAGUGUGAAUGCCUGACAGAAAGUGACAAUUCUGAGCAGAUUUUGGCUUUUAUAUCCUAUGGUCUUAAGCUCUUGAUCAGCUGAUAAACAGCCUAUUUCAGUUUAAUUGUUGUUUUCAAUAAAUUUCUUUUUCAAAAUGCUUUUUGUGACACUCCCCCUUCUUGUUUUUGCAUAUUGUAGCUCUACCUAAAACCUCAUUAAGAUCCAAAUGUGCAAAAUGCAAAUUCUAGCAAUUUUUCAACUGGUCUUAAGUUUUUGAUCAGGAGUGUAUGUGUCUAGCUAUGAAAAUUACUACAAAUGCUUCUAUGCCAAUGUAGCAUUCUAGCAAUACUAACAUUAUAACGUUAGCAUGCUAACACCUAGCACGAUA